UAAAAUCACAUUUUGAGAAGCUAAAUUGUAUAGUUUUACUUUGUGGCUGUGGUUUCUAGUAACGACCAAACGCAACAAGAAUGUACUUAUUUUAUGCAUUAACAAAAACUGACACCCACCUACCUAAAGCUGAUACUAAUAUUUUAUGUAUGCAGGAGCUUAACACGUAUAGUGUAAUUUCUUACAGUAUAGCAGACAGUUGGCUUGAUUUUGCAACAAGGAUAGAGAGUUGGUGGUUCUGAAAAACACUUAAAGGCCGAAAGUUUAUCAGCUGAUGAGAUUUGCUUUUGAGUACUGUGAGGAAACGUUAGUAGCUAUCCCACAGACAAGUAUGUUGCUCAAACUAAGCUGAAGAAGUGAAGAACUUUCGAGCGCAUUAUCUACUGUUUUACCAUUGAUAAUAUUCACUUCGUUUUGUUGAAAAAUGAAACGUUAUUACUGUUGUUUUUUUUAAACGUUUGCCACCUCCAGCGGCUGUGUUCUUGAUCUGUCAAUGAACAGAGGGAUCACAGAUUCGACUCCGGCGUCGAGACAGAAGUCAACUCGUCCCAAAUGAAGAACGGAUGAUCAGGAGGCAACUUUCCAACUGGAUUCUAAAAAUGCAUAUAAUUCUACACGAGGAUUUUCACAUCCAUUUUUGCAUGAUUUACUUUUGGUACAUUUCAUGCGCACCAGUUGUGUUCUAGAUGUUAGUUUUGUGUUAAUUUUUACAAGGCAUUUUCACUCCAUGCUCGGGCGACGGGAUGGAAGUUGAGCGGUAUCGGCCUUAAAAAGUGAGACUGGGAUCUCUUGAGGAUUUGAUUCUAGUGUGAAGUUAUGACAAUGACUGGAUCAAUGGAACAUUCUUUCAAACAAGCUUUAAAGAAACCUCCAUCACUACGGACAGCAGAGGACUUGCACACUAUUUACUGUCACUUCUACCACAUGGAUGUCCUGUCCCACCUCAGGGAGCACCAGCUCAGGUCAAUGAGUACCUCAGCCAGGUAUGAGAGACACGAAGCUAACCAGGUCCUGUUCUACGCAGACAGCAUCUCCACAUGCUGGUACACCCUCCUGUCCGGUUCAGUUAUCCUCAAGGACCACAUGUACUUGGCCAGAUGCUGCUUUGGCAAGCAGCUGGGGGGCAGACGAGGCUGUGAAUGCAUCACUUUAGAGCCCUCAGAAAUGAUUGUGCUUGGUGAUGUGUUUCAGGUGGACAAUGCCAGCGAGGGUGAGGAGGGGGCACUGCAGAGGGAGGUGUCCCAGAGACGUUCCCGCCGGCGCUUUCGCAAAGUCAACCCCCGGGGAGAGCGGGAACUGAUCACUGACGGCCAGGACCCCACGGAUUAUGUGGAUAACCAGCUUCCUGGAGACCUAAACAAGAUGCACCUUAUAGACCACCCCCACAGCCAGGGGAUCCAUGUGCCGCCCAGCCAAUCCGGAUGCAGUAUCACCAGCGACUCGGGGAGCAGUAGCCUAUCAGACAUCUACCAGGCUACAGAGAGUGACAUGGGUGACGUGGACCUAUCCGGGCUCCCGGAGGCAGCGGUGGACUCUGAGGAGGAGGAGGAGGAUGAAGACCUGGAGAGGACGUCAGACACCCUGAUUGGUAGAGACCUGGUCAGGGAGUGUCUGGAGAAAGACCCGGUGGACCGCAACGAUGAUGACAUUGAACAACUGUUGGAGUUCAUGCACCAGCUGCCAGCCUUUGCCAACAUGACCAUGUCAGUGCGGAGGGACCUGUGUACUGUCAUGGUGUUUGAGGUGGUGGAGCAGGCGGCGACCGUCAUCCUACAGGACAAACAGGAGCUGGACCUGUGGUAUGUGAUCCUGAACGGGGGGGUGGAGAUCGACCACCCGGACAGCCGCAUGGAGACCCUUUGCAUGGGCAACAGCUUUGGCAUCUCCCCCUCCCUGGACAAGCAGUACAUGAGCGGAGUGGUGCGCACCAAGGGGGACGACUGCCAGUUUGUGUGCAUCGCCCAAGAGGACUACUGGCGGAUACUCAACCAUGUGGAGAAGAACACACACAAGGUGGAGGAGGAGGGAGAGAUCGUCAUGGUGAAGGAACAUCGCGAGCUGGACCGCAGCGGCACCAGGAAGGGACAUAUUGUCAUCAAGGGCACCCCACAGCGUCUGAUCAUGCACCUGGUGGAGGAGCCGUCAGUGGUGGACCCCACCUACAUUGAAGACUUCCUCCUCACCUACCGCACCUUCCUCUCCAGCCCCAUGGAGGUUGGCAAGAAGCUGCUUGAGUGGUUCAAAGUUGACAGCCUCAGAGACACGGUGACACGGAUAGUGCUGUUAUGGGUGAACAAUCAUUUCAACGACUUUGAAGGUGACCCGGCCAUGACGCAGUUCCUGGAAGAAUUUGAAAAGCUGCUGGAAACCACAAAAAUGAAGGGUCACCUGAGGCUGCUGAACAUAGCGUGUGCAGCCAAGGCCAAGUGGAGGCAGAUCACCCUGCAGAAACCUUCCAGGGAGUCCCCGCUCUACUUCAGCCUGCAUGGCGGCAGCGAGAGGGGCUUCGGCAUCUUCGUGGAGUCGGUGGAGGAGAGCAGCAAGGCCGCCGAGGCAGGACUCAAACGAGGAGACCAGAUUAUGGAGAUCAAUGGUCAGAACUUUGAGAACAUCUCCUACGUCAAAGCUAUGGACUUCCUGAGGAACAACACACACCUCUCCCUCACAGUCAAGACCAACAUCUUCGUGUUCAAAGAGCUGCUGAGCCGGAUCGUACACGAGAAGAUGAACAGGGGUCCCCACAUCCCCAAGAUCCAGGAGAAGAAGGGUAACCGCUUCUCCAUCCCAGACCUGCCCGGAGACAUGGAGUUCCCCACAGACCAUAAGGCCACCAAGAAGAUGAAGGCCAACACAGUGUCUGGAGGACGGAACAAGAUCAGGAAGAUGCUGGAGAAGACCCGCUUCAGCAUUCUACCACCCAAGCCCUUCAGUGAUGGCGGCGUGGGCCAGUCUCAGGAUGACAGCAUCGUGGGCACUAAGCAGUGUAGGCACAGCGUGGCCAUCAUGCCCAUCCCUGGCAGCAGCAUGUCAUCCAGCAGUCCUGAUCUGCUACAGCCAGCCACCAGUGUGCUGGACUUCUCCAACACAGCAGACAUUCCAGACCAGGUGAUCCGGGUGUACAAGGCUGACCAGCAGAGCUGUUACAUCAUCAUCAGUAAGGACACCACGGCCAAGGACGUGGUCAGUCAUGUGGUCAACGAGUUUGGCCUUAUCGCAGCCCCGGAGACCUACUCCCUCUGUGAGGUGUCUGUCAGUUCCGAGGGCGUCCUCAAACAACGCAGGCUACCUGACCAGCUCGCUAAGCUGGCUGACCGCAUCCAGCUCAAUGGCAGGUACUACCUGAAGAACAACAUGGAGACAGAGACGUUGUGUUCAGACGAUGACGCCCAGGAGCUGCUGAAGGAGAGUCACAUCACCCUGCUCCAGCUCAGCACCGUGGAGGUGGCCGCCCAGCUCUCCAUGAGGGACUUUGAGCUGUUCCGUAACAUUGAGUCCACUCAGUACAUAGACGACCUCUUCAAGCUGCUGGACUCCUCGGGGGGGCUUCAGCAGACACACCUCAAGCAGUUUGAGGAAGUCAUCAACCAGGAGACCUUCUGGGUCGCCACGGAGAUCCUGAGAGAGCCCAACACCAUGAAGAGGAUGAAGACCAUCAAACACUUCAUUAAGAUCGCCCUGCACUGUAGAGAGUGCAAGAACUUCAACUCCAUGUUCGCCAUCAUCAGUGGUCUGAAUCUGGCUCCAAUAGCUCGUCUCAGGUCGUCGUGGGAGAAGCUGCCCAGUAAGUACGAUAAGCUGUUCCAGGACCUGCAGGACAUCUUUGACCCAUCCAGGAACAUGGCCAAGUACCGCAAUGUCCUGAGCAGCCAGAGCAUGCAGCCUCCCAUCAUCCCCCUGUUCCCUGUCGUCAAGAAGGACCUCACCUUCCUACAUGAAGGUAAUGACUCUCACGUAGACGGCCUGGUGAAUUUUGAAAAGCUAAGGAUGAUUGCUAAGGAGAUCCGUCAUGUGGUCCGUAUGACCUCCUCCAACAUGGACCCAGCUCUCAUGUUUAGACAGAGGAAGAAGAGGUGGAAGAGUUUAGGGUCUCUGAGUCAGGGCAGCACCAACUCCAACAUGUUAGACGUACAGGGCGGGGCCCAUAAGAAGCGUGUGCGUCGCAGCUCGCUGCUCAACGCUAAGAAGCUGUACGAGGAUGCUCAGAUGGCCCGUAAGGUCAAGCAGUACCUGUCCAACCUGGCGGUGGAGACGGAUGAGGAGAAACACCAGACCAUAUCUCUACAGUGUGAGCCUACCUACAGCACCUUGUCCAAGAACUUGAGUGAGCGACGGUCCAACAAGUCGGAAAUGUCUCCCGUGUCGCUGCGCUCGCCGCUGCACGGGGGGAAGACCCAGAACCGCGUGUCUCAGGUGCUCCAGGUCCAGGUACCCCUCUACCCCCUACGGAAGAAGAGCACCUCCAAGGACAUUCACACCGCACACAACUCCAGCUCUCCUCAGGUGAUAAAGAAGCCUUCCAGCUCCCAGCACAGCCAAUCAGAGGACGGUUCCUGUUUUGGGAUGAGGCCUGCUGAAGACACUGUGUCCACCGUUUCCUCCCUGCAUUCCAGCCCCACUGUAUCGCCACAGGGCUCCCCUCGCAAAGUGGGAGGCGUGGCCAACCCCCAGCAUAACACCAACAGCCAGAUGAACCGUUCUGGCUCGACAUCCUCUCUGACCAGCGAGGCCAGCACCAAGGCAGGCACGGCAGGCAGCCGCAGCUACGGCAUAGGCUAUGCUCUGAUGCCUGCAGGGAAGUCAGACAACCUGUCCGACUCCAGCCACAGUGAGAUCUCGUCUCGCUCCAGCAUCGUCAGUAACUGCUCAGUGGACUCCAUGCCUGCUGGUCCUGCAGAGGAGCGCCAAGGCAUCAAGACCAGGGACACCACAGAGACCCCAGGCACCACCACGCAACUCACACAUGCCAACUCUGACUGCAGCCAACCCAGCACCAGUUUGUCUUUGGCGCAGGGCCAGGUGAUGCGGGGCUCCACCUUCACCUCCUCGACCUCCAAAGAGGAACUGGCCCUUGACCACGCUUCCCUGGACAGCGUGGUCGACAGCGGACGGGGAAGCUGGACCUCCUCCUCCUCCAACUCCCAUGACAGCUUCCAGAGCCUGCCUGUCCCCCUUCUAGGCCUGGGCCGACCCCCUGCCUGGGACCACCUGGCGCCUGGGAGCUUCCGCCACACCCAGCUAGCAGGGCCUAUAGUAGAGGUGGAGGCUGGGCCAGCCGGAGAGGAGGUAGUGGGAGCACCAGGGUCGGGGUCCAGGGGAGGAGAGGACGCCAAGAGGCUCUCCAGAGACAGUUCAGAGCUCAACCAAUCACAGCAGAGCUGGGCCUCGUCAUCCUCGCUGUCUGACACAUAUGAGGGGAAAUACGGCACCAUCAAACGCCGCACUGCAGACGGUGCCUCAGUUGCCACCGGGGAGGGGCACGACGCACCCCAAAGCACAGCCCCCAUCUACAAAACGGUUACUUCAAGUACCGAGAAAGGCCUCAUAGUGUAUUGCGUAACCUCUCCCACCAAGGACGAUAGGUACAGGGGGCCUCCCCCAACCCCUCCAGGAUACCAGGGCCUCACCCUGGUUAACGGACAGGAUGGAGCUCCUCCUCGGCUCCCCCACUUGCGGCCGCCCGACUAUAGCGUGGCCCUGCAGAGGUCUAAGCUGCUACAGAGCCCCGGAGGCCUGGUGGAGGCCCGGAGACUGGGGGUGAACCACCGCCACGAAUCCCAGGGCCAGUCCAGGCCAGGCAGCGUCUGCCUACAGGGUCUGGAGGAUAGUGAGGAUGAUGAGCAGGUGUCCGCUGUGUAGAGCUAGACGCCUGAACGGACACUGCAGGUCAUUGGAGGGAGGGUGAGAGGAUGAGGGAGGGAAAGGUGGUUUUAACCUGCCAUGCUGGCUCCUCUGGGCACACUCCUCUCACCCCUCGCUGCUCUCCAGGUCAGCUGACAGCUGCUCGAGGCCAAACCAACGGCACCCCCCAGAACUUGUACAAUCAUCUCUUUUUACUCCAUUUUGAAAUGUUUUAGCAACUCUCCUGUGUUUAGACUCCCACUGCCCUGGAACAGAGCUGUAAACAGACUGAGAUGUGAUGUCACGGGGUAUGGCUGAGGCGUUUGGGACACAGUGCUUAUGAAGAAGGGAUGGGUGAUGCCUGCUGAUCACUCAGUCUUUUUAACAGUACCUCCAUUUGCUUUGGUGCUUUCUUGUCCCAGGUUUUUUUUAAUGGUUUUUCCUCAGUUGAUGCAUGAAAGUGAGUGUUUUUUAGCCGUUUGCUUGAUUGCGCUCAGCUUUAAAUGGCAUGCAGACACGUGCGUAGCUCUGAGAAUAUCCAAGAAAGGAGAAAGCAUUUAUUUAUUUUCUCUGUAGUUUAGAAAGCAGAGAUCUGGCAGUCGGCAGAAAUGCCCUCAAGUUAAGAGCGACUCCACAUAUCUUUUAAUUUGCAGGGGAUGGAGGAGUGGGUGUGUGCAGCUCUUAUUGCACCUUGUGGAGUUUCAACAGCAUCUCAGGCCAUUGUGUAUGCUGCACCACACCCUCAUCUAUUCAGACGCUCUCUCUUCCUGCGCUUGUUAACCUACGCUACUUUACUGGCAUGCUUCCGUCUGUAUGUUUAAUGAAUGUUAUUCUAAGUUGUUUUUAAUGAGUUGACAAACAAAAAGGCUCACUGCUGUAGAAUAGUACAUUGUGUUAUUUUAUUGCAGUACUGUAAAACAAAAUAUUAUCACUGUACAAACGUUAUUUGGUAAGCUUUAAAUGCGAGGCGUACAGCCAACAGCCCAAAGUUGUUUACAUCGAUGCUAACAAACUUGUUUAGUGUGUUUGUUUGUUACACUAGUAGUUGUCCAUUGAAUUAAAAGCUCAAAUGUAAAAGUAUGAUGAUUUCAGGUUAAUUUGAUAUGUAAAGUCUUUUUUCUGCAGUAAGAAUAUGUGGAUGCAGCAUAAACAACACAUUUGGUGUGUUCUUCUAAUGUACCUCUUCCAUCUUGGCUAUUAAGUGUCUGCUAAUCUGCUUUAGUAGUCAUGGCAACAAAAGAAAAAACAAUGCUUGUCAAUGGAAAAUGCAUUGCAAAACUGCUAUUUCAAUAUAUCUCCAUUCCUUGUUCAUAAUAUAGCUAUUUGAAAAAUAGUACAUUUUGUAAAGUAUUUUACAAUUUGCUUAAAUUUUUUCUUAUUGCAAACAAAAGCUGAGGGUGUUGAGGGUGAAACUGCUGAAUGAUAUUGUCAUUAGGGAUAUAACUGGACUUUCCUUCAGCUGUCUGUUCUGUAUGUGACGCUUGUUGUUGUCUUUGUUUUGUCGUACUAAGACUUGAAAAUAUGAAUGGUUAUAUAUAAACAGUGCAUGUAUACAUUUAUACAUAUAUUUUUGGUUUGUCAUAAAUUAAUGUUAUACAGAUCUUGUAUAGAUGAAGAGUCCUCUAUAAAUACUAUUUUAAUAUUUUGUUAUAAUAAAAUCAAAGAUUGUGA